AGUUACUCUCUACAUAUGCUAAUUCAAGUGACUCAAAGGCUGUUUGCUCACUCAAGAUGGGGAUCAAAUGGGCAUUGUGCUUGACAUUGGCAGUGCUUGGAAUGGCAAGCAAUGCUGGGAAUGCACAGGACUCAGGUAGCACCACUCUGGUGCCAGCCAUCAUCACAUUUGGGGAUUCAGCUGUGGAUGUGGGCAACAACAACUACCUCCCAACCAUUUUCAAGGCCGAUUACCCUCCCUAUGGCAGGGACUUCACCAAUCAACAGCCCACUGGCAGAUUCUGCAAUGGCAAACUAGCCACUGACAUCACUGCCGAAUCUCUGGGAUUUAAGAAAUACCCUCCAGCAUAUCUAAGUCCAGAGGCAUCAGGGAAGAAUCUCCUGAUAGGAGCUAACUUUGCUUCAGCUGCAUCUGGUUAUGAUGAGAAAGCAGCCUACUUGAAUCACGCGAUCACACUACCUCAGCAACUUGAGUACUUCAAGGAGUACCAGGGGAAGCUAGCCAAGGUGGCCGGAAGCAAGCAAGCAGCAUCCAUCGUCAAGGAUGCGCUGUACCUACUGAGCGCGGGAAGCGGCGACUUUCUUCAGAAUUACUUUGUCAAUCCUUUCGUCAACAAGGUCUACACUCCGGACGAGUACGCGUCCAUCCUCGUCAGCUCAUUCUCGAGCUUCAUCAAGGGGUUAUAUGGCUUGGGAGCCAGGAAGAUUGGAGUGACCUCACUACCACCGCUGGGUUGUUUUCCUGUUGCAAUCACCCUGUUUGGGUCCCAUGAAAAUGGGUGUGUUGCUAGGAUCAAUGCCGCUGCUCUGGGAUUCAACAAGAAGAUUAACUCGGCAGCGGCAAGUCUAGAGAAGCAACUACCAGGAAUGAAGAUCGUGGUGUUCGACAUUUACAAGCCACUAUAUGACCUGAUCAAAUCUCCUUCUCAGAAUGGUUUUACAGAAGUGAGGAGAGGUUGCUGCGGAACAGGGACGAUUGAGACCACGGUAUUCUUGUGCAAUCCAAAGUCUCCAGGAACUUGUUCCAACGCCACCCAAUACAUUUUCUGGGACAGCGUUCAUCCAUCUCAAGCAGCCAAUCAAGUUCUCGCCGAUGCGUUGAUCGUGCAAGGCCUUUCCCUGAUAUAAAUAUAUUUGGUUUUCCUCACUGAAUAUGUUAUUACACUUCGAACUACGUUCUGUUCAGAAGUCCGCGUGAGGAAUAAAAUUCCCCCAAAAUCUAUGUUCAAUUUCA